UUUUAUUUUUAUCUAUGUCAUAUGCCUAAUUGACGCAUCGUGGGACGCUUUUCGCGCUGUGUAAUUUAUUAUUUCUGUAGUUCCUUGUUUUAUUUAAAAUGUCGGGUAUUGCGAGUGCUCGUCUCGCGGAAGAAAGAAAAGCUUGGCGUAAGGACCAUCCCUUUGGGUUUGUUGCAAGACCUAUGAAAAACCCUGACGGCUCACUAAACUUAAUGACAUGGGAAUGUGCGAUUCCAGGAAAAAAAGGGACACCCUGGGAAGGUGGACUGUACAAGCUGCGAAUGAUCUUCAAAGAUGAUUACCCCUCUAGUCCACCAAAAUGCAAAUUUGAACCCCCUCUGUUCCACCCAAAUGUCUACCCUUCUGGAACUGUUUGCCUUUCGUUACUUGAUGAAGAAAAGGACUGGCGCCCAGCGAUAACAAUCAAACAGAUUCUACUUGGUAUUCAAGACCUUCUUAAUGAGCCAAAUGUCAAAGAUCCUGCACAGGCUGAAGCUUACACAAUCUAUUGUCAAAACCGGCUAGAAUAUGACAAGAGAGUAAGGGCACAAGCACGUGCAAUGGCUGCCACUGAAUAAAACUCAAAUAAAUUAAACUAACUUAAAAAAACCAUCAUUUUGAUUGCAGCAUAAUAUAGGAAAAUUGAAUUGUAUAGGCUUCAGAUUGCAUUGCUAUGAAGAUGAUUUAUAGUCCACAUGUCAAACUAUGGUAAUAACAUGUCUUCAUUGACUUGUGAUAUCAAAAGUGGUUGCAAAUAAAAUCAAUUUUUCUAUAUUUUGUAGUAAAGUGAUUGUACUUUGAAUAUAGUCAUAAGAAUUGUUAAAAUUUUAAUUUCUUGUAGGAGACAUUAAUAAUUUAACAGUUAUUUUCAUUCAAGUAUAUAUGUACUUGAUUUCCAAUGUUUUUGUAAUUAAAAAGUAAGUCCAUAGCCAACAUUUUCAUAUUUUCCAUGUAAAAUAUAAAUAAAUGUGUUAAUUUAUUUUGUAACAACAAAUAGGGAUGUAAAAUAAUGUGUUAAUGGAGGUUAUGUGAAGAAGUAAGACUGGUGAGAUUAAAGGUUAUGACUAGAAGCUUUUAUUAAAUUACUAAAAGCAUUCUUUCUUGUAAACAACUGUAUUGCAGAUAAAAUCACUGUAGAAUCGGUAACAUCUAAGAUGAGUUGCGAUAAGAAUCUUAACUAUGAUUUUAAACUAUUUUUGUAUCUUUAUGUUAGUAUUAUCGUAUAAUAAUAAAUUGUAAAAAUCUUA